GUUACUUACAUAUCGAUUUGAAUGAUUUUAAACUACUGCGUAAACAUGUAGUUUAUGAUAGGUUGAGCUCUUAUUUGGGUUAAAGGUCGGUCAAAGUUUGGUCUCUUGUAUAGAAGGACUGUGACUGCAGAAUAUUGAGGACGUGAUGUGAGAGAACAGAUCAAAACAAUCAAAACUCACAAAAUGGACUCCGAGGCUGGAUACGGAGCGAUUCUUCUAGGGAGUGACCGGCCCCAAAACUUCGAGGAAGACCAAAAGACGAUGUCUAAAGGCAGGUACAUCAUCCUGGCCGUUUUGUGCGGUGCUGUUGCACUGGGUGUCGGCGUCAUCAUAGGAUGGUUCUCCAAAUCAGGCUUGACCGAGGAAGACCGAGUCGCGCUCGACAAGUUUCGGGCACUGGUGCGGGGUGCCGACGGAACAGUCGGAAACACCAUCAUGGACGAGAUUGACCCGGAGAGAAUUCGAGAGAAUUUAAGAGAGCUGACGAGAAGACCCCACAUGGCGGGUACUGUGCCUGAUCUGGAGAUGGCAGAACUCAUAAAGCAGACGUGGGUGGACAACGGAUUGGAUGACGCAAGACUGGUACCCUAUGAUUUCCUUUUGUCGUACCCGCCCAUGGGGGAGAUGAGUGAGAACAACACGGCCGUCACCGUGGAUGAGGUGGGGUUCGUGUUUGAGGACACCCGCACGUCCCACAUCGAGCCCGAGCUGCAGGGAGACCCGGACGCACCGCAGUUCUUCUACGCCUUUUCUCCGCCAGGAAAUCCAGAGGGGGAACUUGUAUUUGCCAACUACGGUCGCCCACAGGACUUUGACUAUCUCGAAAAGAACGCGAGCGUCAACUGCACCGGGAAGAUAGCUUUGGUCAAGUACGGCCGGGAAGGCAGAGGCGCGAAGGCCACAAACGCUGCUGCCGUCGGCGCGGCGGGAGUUAUUAUCUACCCUGACCCGGCGGACGUGAACGUGGCGGGCGGGGCGGUGUACCCGGACGGCUGGUUCCUCCCGGGGACGGGGGUGGAGAGGGGCUCGGCACUCAGCGAUCCGGGGGAACCGCUCACCCCCGGGUAUCCAGCAACCGAUUACGCCUACCGUAAGCCCCUCAGCGAUGUGGACGUGUUUCCGCCCAUCCCCAUCUUACCCAUCUCGUACAACGACGCACAGGAAUACCUCCGACGACUGACCGGUGAAGAGGUGCCCCCUGGAUGGAACGGUUCACUACCAGUAACGUACAGACUUGGGCCGGGAUUUACGGACGAUUGGGCUGCAAGAAAAGUACGCAUCAAUGUGUAUACGAACACAACAACACAAAGGGUCUACAACGUCAUUGGGGUGAUAAAGGGAAGAGUUGAACCAGACCGUUACGUGAUGUUUGGGAACCAUUAUGACGCCUGGGUGCAGGGAGCCAUUGACGACACCAGCUCAACAGCCAUCAGUCUGGAGCUCACCAGGGUUUUUGGAAAUCUUGUGAAGGAAGAGAAGUGGCGUCCUCGCCGGUCUGUUGUAUUUGCUGCAUGGGGAGCCGAGGAGUUUGGGCUAUUUGGAUCUAUGGAGUAUGUUGAGCAAUAUGCCAAACUGCUCGGGGAACGCCUUGUCACCUACGUCAAUAUGGACGUUGGAGUUGCAGGAAACUACAGCCUAGCUGUUGGGGCAAGCCCAUCCCUACAGAACGCCAUCUACGAGGCCACAAAACGGAUCCCUAGUCCUCACAACACACCUGACAAAACCGUGUACGAUGACUGGGCACAAGGACAGGAAACUCCGUACAUCGGCGGCAUUACCUUGAGUACGGACCACUCUUCCUUUGCGCUACGAGUCGGCACUCCCGUCAUGACCAUGGCUUAUGAUUACGACAAGACAGGGUACCCUACAGGGACCAGUUACCCUGUGUACCAUACCGGAUAUGACAACAUGGACGUCAUGGAACGUUUUGUGGACCCGGACUUCUCGGUUCACCGUGCAUUAACCAGAACGGCAGGCGAACUCCUGAGGUACCUAUCAGAUGAAGUACUUCUCCCUCUGGAGUGGAAGCAGUACGUCACCGUCCUCACUGCCAGUCUAAACGCCACCCUAACAGACUAUGGCACGUCGUUAGAGGAACAAGGCAUCAGUCUAGAUGGUUUGACAUCAGCCGUCCAGAACUUCAGUGAUGCAGCAGCAGAGUUCCAGAACAAACUGGACAGAGUAGACAAGGACAACCCAAUCCAGGCGCGGAUUGUUAACGACCAGCUGGUUGCAUUAAACAGAGCUUUCAUUGACCCCAACAGGCAACAUGUUUUCUUCAAGCACAUUUUAUUCUCCCCACCCUACUGCACUCUGGGAACCAGUAACUCCUUCCCUGGGAUUAUAGAUGCAAUGUGUGGAGGUCCACAGGGCGAAGGUUGGGAGGAAGUAAAGAAGCAAGUGGCUAGCAUUGCUUUUACCAUCCAGUCAGCAGCUGAUGUUUUAAAUGAUGUAGACAGCAUUGCUGGGCCAACAUGAUGACAACAUAGAAGCAGCCAGAGUGUGGUUUUGACUGCACAUGCACAGCAAUAAUGGGUAAUAUAUAAAAGGUGAAGAUCCUAACUUUAACAGUUCCUUGCCUGGACUACGCUUGAUACAUGUCCAGUCAUGUUUUGUCUCAGGGGCCUUCAACUUUGACAUUACCCACAAUGCACUUUGCUGCAUUUGUGUAGUUUGAACCAUUAACCAUAUACUAUAUGUGAUAAAACCCAAUAAAACUGGAAAGUUG